CCGCUUCGUCUAUCUGACAUAUCUCCCUAUGUUCAUCACCGUUGGGAGGAGGGUGCAGAUCUGACAUACAGUAGGUAGAGUAGAUGGGAUUAUCUGGUACGGUCUCGCACUCUUGCGACCAACAUCAAAAACGCAAGGGUCAUAUGCCGUGCAAUAACCCCCCUAUCCGCCGGAUUCUUAACAAAGGGGCCGAUUCCGCGCCGUGAAGCACACAUAUAUCAGAUAUCACAUCUGACAUACAUGAGGGGGGAAAAGUGGGAAAGUGGAAGAUUUGCAUUCUUGCCACUGGAUAGGGGGGUUGUACGGUAAGAGAGUGGAAUUGGGGAGGGAUAUAUUGUGUAAUGGACCCUUUAUAUGGCUACCUGACGGAUCAAGGGACGGAGAGCGUGACUCCGUACUGCUGGAAUCGGAGAUAGGAGAUGAUACAGAUGAAUAAAUGUUGGUGGUGGAUUGGAUUCUGGUAGUGUGUAGCAAAGUCGGAUUCUCAUAUGAACAGGAUAGGUCAGGUGAGAACUGCCAUGCCAGGUGAUUUCUGUAAGAAAAAUAACAGUCACUUUACCGGUCAAUUUACUUGGUGGGCAAUUGGAGAUAUAAAAUGGACUUUCCUGACGAAUGGAAUUGUGUGGGAUGAGGUGUUGAAUAGAGAAUGUGGUGAUGCGUGAUCUUGCUACCUAGCGAGAAGAAAUCAUGAUGAGAAUGAGCGAUGAGAAAAGAAAGAAUCCAGGAGAGGGAAGGAGCCAGCAAGGCAAGAAUCCAUCUAGGGAAGGCGUCAGUUGAGGUAGGAACCUGUGGGGCAAAGGCACACGAGGGCAGGAGCAAGACGAGAGAAGGAGCGAUGAUGGCGAUGAUAAGACACGGCUAUACCCAUCAACAUUGCAGUGUCAGCCGACCUGAAAGUGGUUGAAUAUGUUUGUGAGGCAUAACUAAUGAUCAGAGUCUCAAGAGAUAAUGAAGAGAAUAUCAGACAACACAAGUCUGAGAAUAACGAACUCACCUUCCCUAACACUUCACAUAUAUGCAUCAUCAAUAUCAUGCUCAUCAGGCUUAUACUCUGCAUAUCAGUAAGAUGCUUUUCAUUACCGAUCAUCAUAACCAUCAUAAACCCCCCCCUACCAGCCCCAGUCCCAACCUAAAUCACCAAAAACUCCUACACAAUGCGCAUACUCGCUCGCUAAUGUACCCAGCUCCUCAAAGUAUCCAUACACAACAAAUAUAAUACAAAAACAAAACAAACUUCUAAAAUCCCAGCCAUAUUCAUCUGUUUUUUCGACUCCCCUUCCUAAUCAUCCCCCGUCAAAUCAACACACUCAACCUCCUCCUCCUCCACCUCCUCCACUAUCCUCCCCCUAACCCUAACCCCCCCAAUCCCCUCAUCAUCACUCUCCCCAAACAAGUUAUCAGCAUCAAAGCUACAAGUCGUUCGCUUACCACCACGACUGUAACUACCCCUCCCGAGAAAGUUCCCCGUCUUCACAGUAGUAGUACUCGCCACCACAAGCGACGGAGCAGGAAGCGACGCCGUCCUCGACAGCGCCGGCGGCCUGGAGCGCGGUUUCAGAGAAGACAUCAAAACAUCAUCGUACGCAUCCCUGGUAUGAGACGGUAUCCUCGGUGGAGCGGUAGAUUGUCUCAACCCAGCCUUCCCUCCCGACGGCGACUGCGGUGGUGCUGGUAGCGAUGACUUGGGUACGUUGAGUUUGGAGAGUGACGGGAGCUCAUCAUCGUCAGAGUCGUCGUCAUCGUGGCUAUCCUCAUCCGAUGAUAAAAAUUCAAUAGGAAUUGAAUAGGCUGGUUUGCUGUUUGUGACAGCAGCGGUGGUGUUUUUGGUGGUUCUCCCAAAGCUUUUGAUGGACUUUUGGGCUGGCGGCGCUUGCUGUUUGGACUUGGGUUGGUUCUGUGUCGAGGAGACUUUAAUCGGUAUAGCUCCCCCUGUGCCGCUUUUUGUUCUCUUAAAUGGCCUUGUUGCGCUGAUGGUUGGUGGUGUUGCGACAACGUCUGACAUUUGAGGUCGAAUAGGGGACCGGGACAGGUCUGGAGAUUGUCGCUUUGGCCGGAUGGGUGUUUUUUGGAUUGGUGAAGUACGAGGGGACGAGAGCGCCACAGGUGAAGAUGAAAUGAUAAUUGGUUCGUAAUUGGAAGACGACGAUGGUUGGGGCCUUGAUUGUGAGGAGCUUAAAGUUCUGGUGAUCGUAGGGCUGGCUUGAGAACCUGACAACGUCCAGGGGUUGACCUCGGCUGCUGGCUUGGCUGGUUGUUUUUUGGUGGGUGCUUUUCUGGGUUGUCUGCCUAGGGGCUUUGGGGCUGCUACUGGUGGCAUCGUUGACUGAGGCGGCGCCGCUUGGGUCGAGGGAACGGGGUCAUCAGUAGCGGGCACAGCCUUUUCAACGGCAACGGUAACUGGCUUGCUAACGGUGAAGAACUUCUCGAGCGCCCCGGGUUGCAUGCCACCCUUUGCUUUAGCCGGCUUCUUCGUGGCCGGCUUCGUGGUCUUCUUUCGCUUCUUCGUCUCCCAGUCCUCGACAGUCAAAGGGACGCCGAGUUUCAAUAGCGUUUCGGGGAUCCAUGCCAAAUCUGGGCCUUCGGGGUCGUAUGGCUUUUUCGCCGUCUUCUUAAGCCCUUCCUCCUCUUCCCCAUCUUCCUCGCCAAACUCGUCAUCGCUGUUCAGCGCUAGCCCACCUCGCCCGUGCUCCUCAACCUCUUCUAUUGGCUCAUUCGCAAGAUCGAGCUUGACGAUAUCAUUUGGCACAAAACAGACUCUCACCUCUGGCGUCUCAUCCGUGCUAUGGUGAGCACGCCUGGACUUGAUGCCCGUGAUCAGUGCGCCUUCCUCCUCCGCCAUAAGAUCAGUAUCAUCGCCAUAAUCCUUGCCUUCUGACGAUCGCUGCAGAAGAGAUUGGACCAACAGCCCAUGUGCGAGUUUGCGAACCAGAUUCACAGCCCCUCCUCGAUACUGCCAGUCGAACGUCUCACCCACAAACUCCCUGAGACCAAUAACAUCAACUGGAGACGUCAUCUUAUUAGGGAAAUUCGUCUUCAGUUUGUCGACCGUGGCGUGCGUCGAGACUACCGGAUGGGUAUAAUACCUAAGAAUCUCCAAAUCCGGAAAGUCCUCGGGAAUCGCCAGUCCUUUAUGUUUUGUGCGAAAAUAUCCGCUCUCGUUGGUGUCCCAUUCAUGGCGUAACCUUUCUCGCCACGCUUGAACCCCCUCCUUCCAGUCUGCCUUCUUGAUGCCGCAUAACUGUUUGCCAAAUCCAGCUCUGGCUGCCUCACAGGCGACUUUUAUGCCGCAUCCUGGCACACCUUCAGGAAGAUAGUCCCCGCCACUCAUCAGCGCAACCAGGACCAUACCCUCCCGAUCCAGUCCACUCUCGCCCUUGGCAAUUUCCUCCGCGUCGUAAAGUGUGAUGUGUGUCGGUACGUUCCCCUUCCCUUCCGCAGUCCAACUUCGAAGUGUCUUUCCGCAGCCAAACAUGAUGGUGUCGACAUCUUCGCUCAGCACGGCAUCCACCACUCCCUUUCGCUGGAGGAACGCGCAUUCAGCCUCGGCUUCGCCUGGCGCAUCGUGUAUGGCAAACCCAAAGAGUUUGAUCAUCCUUUUCGCCAUGGAGGUGGCUACCAUGUGUCCCGCGCCUCGGGGGCCGCCGGCGCGUUUGUUGCGCUUGAACGCUGGUUUGUUCGGACCAUCAAACACAAAGAGUGGUUGAAUUGCUAGAGAUAGGAGCCGAACAAGUCGGAAGAAUAGGGUUCGAAUGGCGGGGUUGGAGCCGCCGCGGGCAGCUUGGUUCUGGAACUGCCAUAUAGAAAUAUCGAUUGCGAGUCGGAACGGACGUGGGUUUUCGGCUUUCUCGAGAGUCGUCAAGGCGAGCUUGGUCAUGGAGAUGCGCUCGCCGGGGCCGAUUUCUUUGUAUAUUCUGCCAGAAGCGAAUAUUAGUACACAAAUUUGGACGGGAAGUUUUGGAUCUGUUUGCAUGUACCCUUUGAUACCCAUUGUGCCAACUCUUCAACCUUUCAACUGCUGGGUGGUGGCGAUUUUACGGGGGGAAGGGCACCAAAGAAUGAGCUCGGUCCUCAAGAGAAGAAUCUGCCAAAAGCCAUUCUCGUUGGCGCUCCCCAAGGCCGAACCUGAUUUGUCAGGCGAAAAAAGAAGUCGGUCGCGGUGGCAGGACGGAGGUGCGCCGUGAGGCUUUAUUGCCUGGAAGAAACGGACGAAAAAAGGAUGAUGCGCUUUGUUGACUGGUUGCCUCUUCAGGAUUAGAUUGCCAAGGCUGCCAAGCGUUGCCAUGGGUGAACCGUUAAGCUGACAGUUGGAGCUUGGUGGGGUGGAAGUGGCUCGGAUAUAUGCACAUCAUGGGGGACUUGGAUGCUGUUAUGCAACUACCGAGACGUCACUGCUGGUGAACUCAACAGUCAAACGGUCGAGAAAGCGGCGACAUUGGCUUUUGCAUCAUCAUGUUCGGAAUGUCAUGAACAGAAAUUGACUUGUAGGCCUUUGAGAGCCAUCCAAAUACACGAAUUGACGACUUUUUAUAUCUAAUUUCACGAGAACAUCAAGAAAAACAAGUCAACAUGUCUGGCCUGGGUUCCGGCUCUGGAGCGGGAACAACACCUCUCCCCCACCGCUCAGUCGCCAACAUCCGCUCCCCACACACCAGCGGCAAUACCAAUCCGUCAACCCCCUCUUCCAGCAGCCGUCCUGUUCCCACCUCCAGCUUUGGUUCCCCGUCCAGUUUGAGAGCAGAUGAAGAUAUCCUCAUUCUCGAGCUUGGCUCCCGCAAACUGCAAAUAGGGUUCGCCGGGGAUGCCUGUCCGAGGGGCACGGUCUGGUUCACCCCAUCACAGCUCCGCCGGGUGGGAGACUUCCGGGACUGGUCCUCCGAGUCCAAAACCAAUGUGGACUGGAAGACGAAAAAAGUGACGGGCGAAAAGUGGUGGACCAGGGAUCACGAGCUUUGGGAGUAUGAUGUGCGAGAGGUCGAUCUAGGUCUCAUUGGGGACAAGGUGGAGAGGGCGCUCAGAGAAGCUCUUACAAAAUACAUGUUGAUCGAUUCUCGGCCACGGAGAAUGGCGUGCGUGUUGCCCUCUAGCCUUCCUCUUCCCAUGUUAUCGGCAGUACUAGACAGCCUCUUUACACGGUUUCAGCCACCCACCAUAUCGCUGUUUUCGUCCCCCGUUGCAUUGACAGUUGGUGCUGGGGUUCGUUCUGCUCUGAUUAUUGAUCUCGGUUGGAGGGAGACAGUUGUUACCAGUGUUUACGAGUUUCGCGAAGUCAACACCAAGCGUAGUGUUCGUGGGGGGAGAUUGCUUGUGGAACAGACACACAAACUUCUCGCCAGACACCUCCCCGAAAAUCAGAAAAAGAAGGAGGGCACAACCUCCGAAGAUACCCAAGAUUACGACCUGAGCUUUGAGGAAUGCAACGACAUUGCUACUCGGAUGGUUUGGUGCAAGCCACAUCUAUCUUCUCCCAAAGCUCACAAAUCAAAGGAAGGUCUGCCCACCCUUCACGAACAAGAUGAAUCAGACUCUACGGAAGCCGAGUCCCCAACUGAGGCCUCAAAGACGGCCAGAAUUCCACUGCAAUCAUGUCGAUCACCGACCACGAUAGAGCUUCCCUGGGCAGCCCUUGCAGAACCCAGCGAGAAUGCCUUCUUUGACUCCCAGUACUCAGAGAGCAGCUUUGACGAUCAUGAGCUACCCUUGCCUCUGCUUGUCUACCGCAGUCUUCUGCAGCUACCCCUGGAUGUUCGGGCACUUUGCAUGUCUCGCAUCAUUUUCACGGGUGGCUGUGCUAGCGUUUUGGGACUACGUGGCCGUAUUUUUGGCGAAGUUUCCAAGCUGAUAGAGGAGAGAGGAUGGGACGGUGUCCAAGGAAAGGGAGCAGACCAGAUGCGGGCUAAUCCAAAGCUGCAGGGCAAAAGGGGCAGUCGGCCAGCAGUUAGUGGUCCUACUGGUGUCACCAGCCCGCCGGAAGCCGUCGGUGGUCAAGAGCAGGAUGGGGUCUGGCACGAUGCAGCCAAUACUGCCCAUGAAGCCUGUCCUGUUGAAGAGCAACUCGCGCGAGGGCGGGAUAAGAGACCAAGGGUGCAGGGGAAGAUGAGGGCCAUUGAGUCUGUCGGGGCGUGGAGCGGAGCAAGCCUGAUAGCGCACCUUAAGGCGGCGCCUAUUUCUACUAUUGAACGCGAGGCUUGGUUGCAGUAUGGUGCCGCAGGAGCGAGCAAGCCCAGCGAGGUUGAUCAGAAGUCAGCCAGACAGAGCUUUGGGCCAGGCGGCCUUAUCAGGGGUUCUGCUGCUAAUAACUCCUGGACAUUGGGGGUUUGGGGUGUGAAUUAGGUGAUGGCCAUCACCAUCUCGUCUUACACCCUCAAACACCCCUUGCCAUUCUUGUGUCUUUAUUUCUGGUUUAUCCCAGGGGGAUAGCCGCUGUCACAAUACUUAUUUCAGGUAGAUAUUACCCCGCAAGUGCGGUGCAGUGCAGAACAAAUAGUAUUCAUAAUGCUUUCUUCUCUUUCUCAGUUGUCUUUAUCCCUCCUUCCACCUAGAUUCUUCCAGGCAGUGAUUGCAGAGGAAGCCGACCGGACUGUCGGGACCGCGUGGCA